AUGAACUCGUGUGUGGAUCUCAUCCAUAGUGAUGAUCUACUUGACGCAACACUUUCCUUAAGGCUAAUGAGAGAAGCUGGAUAUUCUAUUUCGGCAGACGAUGUUCUUCGGAAGUUCACAAACAAUAAUGGUGAUUUCAACCUUAGGCAUAGCAAAGACCUUAGAGGGUUGCUGAGCUUGCAAGACAUGUCACACCUCAACAUGAGAGAAGCUUCACUCUACAAGGCAAAGGAAUUCUCAAGAAAGCACCUUAAAUUUGCAAUUAAGUAUUUGGAGCCAAACCUUGCGAGAUAUGUCAUGAAGUCACUGGACCAUCCCUAUCAUGUGAGCUUGAUGCAAUACAAGGCUAGGCAUCAUCUGAGUUACCUCAAAAACUUGCCUACUAGGCACACUGCAAUUGAGACGCUAGCAGUUGCAGAAUUUCAGAUCAAGAAGUUGCAGCAUCAGAGGGAAAUGCAAGAGGUUAAGAGAUGGUGGAUGGAUCUGGGACUGGCUCAAGAAAUACCAGCUGCACGGGACCAAGUUCUGAAAUGGUACAUGUGGUCCAUGACUAUCCUCGAUGGUUUAUCCUUCUCUAGAUAUCGGGUUGAGGCCACAAAGGUUAUAUCAAUGGUCUACAUUGUGGAUGACAUCUUCGAUCUUGUCGCCACACAAGAGGAGCUCUCUCUCUUUAAUUAG